UGUAGGAAAGAAAAUUGGGUUUAUUAACUAGAGCUAUCUUUUCGUUAUCCUUCUCUGUACAAACUUCCCAACAUCGGAGGUCUUGCAUAUAGAUAAGACGUUCGAGUAAUCCAUUCACCCAGUUGGUUUGUGUGACCAUUGCACAAGGGACAGGAUGUGCUUUUCCUCAUACCGGAGAGGUAUAGGCGGGGUGAUGAUUCUAUCGGACUCCUCUAGAUUCUUUAGAAGCGCAAAAUAGAAGUCUUCUUUCCGAGAGCAGUUUUCCGAAAACAGGUAAAAUGGCAUAGCUUUUCAACCCAUAUCGAGCGUUCUAUCAACAGCAUUGCCAUUCAUUGAAAGGGAUAUGACAUUGCGACGAAUGUAGAGUUGGCCCUCAGGUAUUUCCUCACCUCCACCGUAGAUGCUAACGGAAUAGAGACUAAGCGAGAUAACAUGUCGAGCCUCAGACUGAUCCGAGCUGUCAUAAAGAAUGAGGUAAGGAAAGUACAGUAGCCAGGCGACGAUUCAGGUUCAACAGGCAACGCACCUAAGAACAACGAAGAAUUCAUUGCGUGCUCUCCGGCCGCCCUUCUUCGCAACAUCGGCAGUCGCGGGGCUGUGAUACCUUUUCUCUCAAGAAGGCUACGAUACAUAGUCUGAUAAACCGAAGGGGACUAGCUGACAGGUUUGGUAUUGCCAGCCGGGGAUGUUCCUUCGGGAGGCUUCCCAUUUACACCAGCGGGGUCGUGCCCGGAUAGGGUACAAGGGAUAGUGGAGUGUCCAGUAAUCUGGCCCUUAAAGCCGGAUUUCCCCGGUAAGGCGCCAUGUGCUUGCCAGGAGGAUCAUCCCGAAUGUGGGACCUGAUCUGCAUGUCGCCAUUCUGCGUGGGGAGAGGAUACAGGAUUAGAGUCCAGC